UUUCAUUCGCAUCCUUUAUUUGUGAAGACUCACUGACUUCGCUCGUUUCAGCGCGCUGUGAGAGGAUAUAUUUUUUUACCCUUGAGAGCAUACUUUCUCUUUAGGUUGGAUAUCUUGAGAGUUCACAUGGAGACAGUGGCGUUGUGAUUUGUUGUUAUGUGAGAUAUUUCGUUUGGUUUUUGAUGGAAGUUAGUUUCGGUGUGAUGAGAGUUGUUUUUUGUGAUGGGGAUGCGGGAUGCAUGCCCUGUCUUGUAGCGUCGUGAUAGGCGCAUUGGUUUGCAUCGAUUGGAAGAGACCGAGUUAUCGUGUAGAAUCUGUUCCUUCGAUUGCUGCUGAUUUUUGUUUUUGUUUUUGUGUUUGUUUGUUUUUUUGGUUGUAAGCAGCGGUUGAAGGUUAGUUGCGGAAGAUGAGUGUGAUUGGAAUAUGCUACCCAUCCUUAAAUGGAAUGUUUAGAAUGAUUUAUUUACUUAUUGAUUGGAGUCGAGCUCAUACCUAUUGAUGUAUAGUAUGUGCGCAGAGCUUUCUAUUUGUGAUGUUGUUCCGAUCAUUGUGAGUACUGCGAUGGAAUUGGUUAUAAUUUUGGUUGAGGGAGCGCUGUGGAAGAGCAAAUAAGUCGGAGAACUGAGUCUGAUCGUAGCAGAACAAGUGAGGGGGAGUAAGUAGACAUGGAGGCCACGGUAAACUUUCCACUUGUGGGCCAAGAGCAGAUUGCUCAAUGGCUCAUGGACACAACAGGCUCUCAGGAAUCCGCUGUUCAGGCUGCCACCUCGCAUCUGGAGGCUGCACAGAAUUUACCCAAGUUUGCGCUUUUUCUUCUCAUGCUAUCCGCCGGAGGUCAGGAGCAAGGGCAGAGAAUUGCUGCUGCAACCUAUUUGAAGAAUUAUUUGAAGAGGAAUUGGUCAGAAUCCCCUAUUAUGUCGCAUGAAGAAAAAUUAGAGUUUAGGAAUCAGCUUGUGGAGGUGCUGCUACGCGUGGAGGGACUUGUUUUGAAGAUUCUGACAGAAGCUUUCCGUUUGGUGGUAGCCAGUGAUUUUGCGAAGAAGAUGACAUGGCCAGAACUAGUUCCAGCUCUCAAGGCUGCCAUACAGAAUAGUGACCUUGUGAUCAAUACAGGAACUUCUGAGCUUAAAACACUAAAUGUUAUGAUGGGUCUUCAAACAAUAAUCAAACCUUAUCAGUAUUUCAUGGACCCAACAGUCGCCAGAGAACCUGUUCCAGAUCAGCUGGAACUAAUUUCGAAAGAGCUGUUGACGCCCUUGCAUCCUAUUUUUCAUCAUCUUGUCCAGCAGGUUGUAGCAACAAAAGUUGAAGGCUAUUCACAGCACGACGACAUCCUCCUUAUUCUUUGCAAGUGCCUAUAUCUUUCUAUGAAGUCACAUAUGCCGCAGUCAUUACUUGCCUCUCUAGGACUAUGGUUCCAAGAUCUUAUUGCUCUCUCGGAAACAGUAGAUCUCGAUAAGAAAAUGGACCUUUCUGUGCAAGAACCAAGACUAAAGACGUGGAAGAGGGUGCUUAAAAUAUUUUGCAACCUAGUAUCGCGGCAUCGAAAGCACACAGACAAGUCUUUAUCUGCAAUUGGGACUGCAGCUCUGACAAUCAUUUGGAGGAGUAAAACUGCUAAGGAUCUUCAUCCAAUGCAAGAGCGUAUUGUGUCUUUAGCUUUUGAUGUGGUGUCUAAUAUUCUUGAGACUGGCCCUGGAUGGCUGCUGAUGGCACCUCACUUCAAAAGCUUAGUGGAGAAUGCAAUCUUCCCUGCCUUAACAAUGAAGAACAAGGAUGUCGUGGAAUGGGUGGAGGAUGAAGACGAAUUUGUUCGGAAGAAUCUGCCUUCAGAACUCGAGACGACAAGUGGGUGGAAUGAAGUUAUCUUUACGCCUCGGCAAAGUGCACUGAAUUUACUGGGUCUUAUUGCCACAUCUAAAGGUCCACCAACUGGUCAGGGAGUUAAGAAUGUUACAACUAUGAAGCGGAAAAAAGGUGGCAAAGGAAAAUCUAAAGAUGGGGAGGGUACUGCAGGGGAGGCUUUGGUGAUGCCUUUCUUGUCUCAGUUUCCACUUCCUGCAGACGGUUCUCCACCGGAUUCUGACGUAGCUGUUAACUAUUUUGGAGCUUUAAUGGCAUAUGGUGGACUAUGUGAGUUUCUCAUGAUACAAGAAGCUGAGACCAUAACAACGCUGUUGCAAACUCGGGUUUUUCCCUUAUAUACCAUGGCUUUGCCCUCGCCAUAUGUACUGGCAACAUCAAACUGGUUGCUCGGAAAGUUGGCCACUUGCUUGCCAACAGAGCUCAAUGAAGCUGUCUAUACUGCGCUUUUGAAAGCUCUGUUGGCGCCGGAUGUUGGAAAUGUGUCCUGGCGACUAGUUCGACAAUCUGCUGCAGGAGCUCUUACAUCACUUCUCCAGGAUGACUUCAAACCUACACACUGGAUGCCUCUUCUCCAAGCCGCUGUGGCUGGGGCUAGAAUGAAAGAUGAAAGUGAAGCAGCCAUCUCUUUGCAGCUACUGACCACUGCUGCUGAGGUAGGCGAGGAUGAUGUGGCACCUCAUGUCCCAGAUAUUAUCGAUGCGGUUCAAGUAGAAAUUUGUCAGCACUUUCCUCCACAUCCAGAACCUUGGCCUCAGGUUGUAGAAUUGGGAUUUGCAGCCUUGGCUGCUCUUUCUCAGGCUUGGGAUGCUACGGAACCAGAGGAAGAUGAAGAUGAAGACGAAGAUGAUGAAGUUUACCGCAAAAAGCUGGUUUAUUGGAAGGCUGGAUGCACCCAAUUAGCCAACACCUUCUCCGCAUUAUUACAACGGGCAUGGUUGACAUGCAUGCAGGAAGAUACACCACGGCCUACCCCUCCUCCUUCAUGUUUGGGUGACACAUCAAUUUUGCUGGUCUCUAUCUUGAGGUGCACACCGGAUCAAAUUACAGUCAAAAACUUGAAAGUAGAGCCGCUGCUGCAUGUCUGGUCACAUUUAAUAAUGGAUUGGAGAGCAUGGGAAGAGGAGGAAGACGAAGCAGUUUUCGAUGUCAUUGAGGAGGCUGUAGUUCUGCAGGGACGAUGUCCAAUGACAUGUUUCGCAGAUCCCGACGAAAUAGUGUCAUCAUUCCCAGGUCCCCCACGGUCUGUUCUAGACAAUUUAGUUACCUUUGUGACCAGCGCAAUUGAAUCAGCUUAUCCAGCUGCGUGUUGGCGAGCAUGCCGAUGCUCUCAUGCUCUUCUUCAUGCUUCCUCGGUUUCUUUUGAGGAUGAAGAGAUUGCGAUGUUGCUGGUUCCCCGGUUUUGCAAAGUUUCUAUCGAACGCCUGCAGAGGCUGACAAGCAUGACUGUUCCAUUGGCCAAGCCCCUCACUCUUGUCAUCUCUACGUGUUUCAUCUUACUUCCUGAAACUGUGGAAAGGAUAUUAUUGGCUGAAGACAAUGCAGGUGAUGUUGGUUUCCUUCGUUGGACCAACGCGUUGGCAGGGCUUGCAGAAAGUGAAGCAGAGCCUGGGCUGUCACUUGAGUCGGAGAUGAAGCUUGCCGCGAUAGCUUUGCAGAAGGUGUUGGAGUAUAUCUUACAGAACGAAAAAAAUUGUGGGCAAAAUGAAGGACUCAAAGUAGCCCACCACUGCUUCCGCUCACUAUUGGAGGUUAUGGUAGAUCUGAAGGAACUUCAGGAGAUGACAGGCAGUGAGGAAACCGAGUCAGAAUCUGAAUCAGAAGAGGAUGUUGAAGCAGAUGAAGCAGAUGAGAGCGAUGAGGAUCUACAACCUGUAUCCGAGGAACGUGAGGGGACAGAGGAACAAUUUCUGGAGCGGUAUGCUGAGAGGUCUCGUGAAUUACAGGACGAAAUUGAGGAGGAAGCUGAGAAUGGGCAGGAUGAAGAUGGUCACGAGAUAGAGCUCGGUGUUCUAGCCCUAGUGGACCAGGAGGCCACUGUGUUGGGAUGCAUAACUGCUCACGGUAAAAGACUUCUGGAACAACAACAGUUACCUAAAGAACUUCUCGCCAGGUUCAAAGACAAGUUUCCUGCUUGCAAGGCUGCUCUACCUUAAAUUUCUCAACGCACUAAAAUGGCACGGUUUUCUUGGUCGACCUUGCGCGCAGGAAGCUUUGUUCUAAGCUUAAUAGAGCAUUUGAUAACCUUCAUGUACACCUACAUUGCAGUGUGGUUUCUUUUCAGAGGUAUCUGGACAUUCCGAGGGUAAAAGGUGCAUACAUAGAAGCUUAGCAUGACACGAAGUCGGUGCUUCGGAACAGGAGUAAAUUGAAUGUAAUGUUGAGAACAUGUAUUGUCAAGUUUAUCGUACUACUACUGUCUGGGAUACUACAAUGUCCUCUUUAGGUUAAUGAUAUCAUUAGCCUCUACUUCAUUGC